AUGUCCGAUAAUGAGUCCAACGAACCGACACUGCCUCCCCUCCCCGCACCACCAUCCAGUUCACUCACUGCCCGCCGGUCCACACGCCCCUCCCUCCUGACCCGGAAACGCACACACUCGUCCUAUGCCUCAGACUGGGAUACGACCGAGCUGCCACAAUCAGCCGCCUCCUCGGAUCCCGCGUUGUUCUCUGGUGACGAAGCUGCUCCGGGGCUCGAGAGCUACGCGUCCGGUAAGCGGAAGAAAAAACUAUACGCUGGUAGCUGGUGGAAUCACCGCGUCAAGGCUGGCAAAGAUGAUCGGAAGAGAGAGUUCAAGCGCAAUGUGGAUUCGGGUGUCUGGAUGGGCAGCGAAGAUCAAUUGAGCAGUGACAGCUUGGGAAGUAUGGAGGAGGCCUUUCUGGGAGACCAGGGCGUUCUGGUGGGAAAAAGAAGCGACGGCUUUAGCGAGGAGAGGACAGGUCAGGAAGAGGAGGAGCUCGUUGUCGAGCAGCGGUCGGCCACCAACCAGCGCAUUACCAGGUCCUUUCCACGGAUCAGCGAUCUGGUUACCACACCGGCGUUUCUGCCGCAGCGCGAACAAGUCAAGGAUAUCGUGCGCCAGCAUCUGAAUUCAGGCAAAGAAGAUAUCAGCUUCGAUGGAAUGGGGCUCGUUGACCUGCCCGACGAGGUCAUUGAACUGGCGACGUUAACCAAAGAACCAAUCCUUGUCCCCGGCAUGCUCGACACCGGCAGAUCGUUCGCAACUCGUCUCCAUAUACUUCUAGGCAACAAUUUGCUCACCCGGAUGCCUUGUCAACUGUUGGAGCUGGAAAACCUUCAGUAUCUCAGCCUGCGUGGCAAUCGGCUCAAAUCCAUUCCCGUUGGUAUUCGACGGCUCGUCAAUCUCCAAAAUCUGAAUAUCAGCAACAACGAGCUUCGGUACUUGCCCUUCGAGGUCCUCGAGCUCGCCCGCAACCAUAGCCUUAGCAACCUUCGCACGACUGCCAAUCCUUGGGCGGAAACCCCCGCUGGCCUACAUGUCGAAGCUGAAGAAGAACCUUGGCCUGGCACAAAUUCCCCACUGGCCGCUCAGCGCUCCAAAGGUCCUUCAUCCGUAGUUGUGUCAUCCAGCAUGCCUUCCUUGACGGAGGUGGUCUUGCGUCAGCUGCAGCGCAUUUCGCCGCGCGACGACCUUCGCGACUUCAUGCCCGAGCACACCCCGGCAAGAGUGCUGGGGGCGUUAGACGACUUUAGGCUUACGCAGGUGGAGGGCGAGCGGCGGUGCACUGCCUGCUGGCGGCCAAUGGUCCAGCCGGGAGAGGAGUGGCUGGAGUGGUGGUUCGUCAGGAUUAGUCGCAUGUAUGUGCCCUUCAAGCGCGCGAAAUGCUACAGUGGCUGUGAUGGGAAGGAAAAUAUGUGGGUGGAUACUGGGGUAGGUCAUAAGAACGUGGUUAUUCAAGAAGAUGGUACUGUAACAUCAUAG